AUGGCUGUAUCUGACAAACCUACAAACAACAUCAGGUUGAAUGGGGAAAAGCUGAAACAUUUUCCUAAGAAAAGGCCGCAAGUGCUGAGCGGGAGCGGGGAGCGGGAGAGGGAGAGGGAGAGGGAGAGGGAGAAAGAGCGGGAACGGGAACGAGAGCGGGAGCGCAUCGCGGCAGCCUCCUCCGACCUCUACCUGCGUCCAGGCUCAGAGCAGCCCGGCCGGCCUGGCAGUCACGGAUACGCUCGCUCCCCGUCCCCGUCAGUAAGAGCUCAGGAGACCAUGUUGCAGCAGAGACCCAGUGUUUUCCAGGGAACCAAUGGAACCAGCGUAAUCACACCUUUGGACCCAACUGCUCAGCUACGAAUCAUGCCACUGCCCGCUGGGGGCCCUUCCAUAAGCCAAGGCCUGCCAGCCUCCCGCUACAACACUGCUGCGGACGCCCUGGCUGCUCUUGUGGACGCUGCAGCUUCUGCACCCCAGAUGGAUGUGUCCAAAACAAAAGAGAUGUCUUCUCACAGGUAUGAAACAACUAGCGAUGCUAUUGAGGUCAUAAGUCCUGCCAGCUCACCUGCACCGCCCCAGGAAAAACUGCAGGCCUAUCAGCCAGAGAUUGUUAAGGCAAAUCAAGCCGAAAACGAUCCAGGCAGACAGUAUGAAGGACCAUUACAUCACUAUCGACCACAGCAGGAGUCACCAUCUCCACAGCAGCAGCUGCCCCCUUCCUCACAGGCAGAGGGGAUGGGACAAGUGCCCAGGACCCAUCGGCUCAUCACACUUGCCGAUCACAUCUGUCAAAUUAUCACACAGGAUUUUGCUAGAAAUCAAGUUCCCUCGCAGACUCCCCCGCAACCUCCCACUUCUACAUUCCAAAAUUCACCCUCUGCUUUGCUGUCAACACCUGUGAGGACUAAAACAUCAAGUCGUUACAGCCCCGAGUCCCAAUCUCAGUCUGUUCACCAUCAGAGACCAGGUUCCAGAGUUUCUCCAGAAAAUCUUGUGGAUAAAUCCCGGGGAAGCAGGCCUGGAAAAUCCCCAGAGAGGAGUCACGUCUCAGAGCCCUACGAGCCCAUCUCCCCACAGGUUCCAGUUGUGCAGGAGAAGCAGGAAAGCAUGCUGCUCUUGUCUCAGCGGGGAGCUGAGCCUUCGGAGCAGAGGAGUGAUUCCCGCUCACCAGGCAGUGUUAGCUACUUGCCUUCAUUCUUCACCAAGCUUGAAAACACAUCACCCAUGGUUCAAUCAAAGAAGCAGGAGAUUUUUCGUAAGUUGAACUCCUCUGGUGGAGGUGACUCUGAUAUGGCAGCAGCUCAGCCAGGAACUGAGAUCUUUAAUCUGCCAGCGGUUACCACAUCAGGCUCAGUUAGCUCUCGAGGCCAUUCUUUUGCUGAUCCUGCCAGUAAUCUUGGUCUAGAAGACAUUAUCAGGAAGGCACUCAUGGGGAGCUUUGAUGACAAAGUAGAGGAGCACGGAGUGGUCCUGUCGCAGACUGUGGGAGUAGUGCCUGGUGGCGCCAGCACGGCAGUUGUGACCAGUAGUGAGACACGGAGAGAGGAAGGGGACCCAUCACCUCAUUCAGGAGGCGUUUGCAAACCAAAGCUGAUUAGCAAGUCAAACAGUAGGAAAUCAAAAUCUCCCAUCCCUGGGCAGGCCUACCUGGGAAGUGAACGGCCCUCUUCGGUCUCCUCUGUGCAUUCCGAGGGGGACUACCACAGGCAGACGCCAGGGUGGGCCUGGGAAGACAGGCCAUCUUCAACAGGCUCAACACAGUUCCCUUAUAACCCCCUGACCCUGCGGGUGCUCAGCAGCACGCCCCCAACACCGAUUGCAUGUGCCCCCUCUGCUGUGAACCAGGCAGCUCCUCACCAACAGAACAGGAUCUGGGCGCCCGCCCCGCUGCUCUCAGCACAGCAUGAGACACUGUCAGGCAGUGACGACUGA